UGGUUAGAGUCCCUGGCUCUGUACUUCCUCUUGGCCUAUCUCACUUCCUGAAACACCCUGAAGAGGGUUGCUUAUCUUGAUGGGGCUCCAAAAGCCCAGGGAGGGGGUGGCGGCAGAAGAAGGCACAGGCCUUGAGUGUGUCCUGUCUCAGGAACUAAGAACAGCAACACUUUCGGAUUCAGUACACAAUGAACUGUCCUCCGGGUUUCUGGGAGAUCAAGGAUGUGUGGCCCACAAAGGGGCUUGGAACCGGUCAUCCUGUGAUGGGUUCUGUCUAAGGAGAGGGUCUCCAAGAGAUUGCCCCACCACGGAAGAGGAGCAGCGAGUGAGUUUUGAGUUUCAGACUUGCUGCCUGUGGACUUCCAGGAAGAUGUCUGGCAAGAGCUAGGUUCACUCGCUGCGAAUCCUGCUAGAUAGGAAGCCUGCUGGCCCACAGGUCACCUGGGAGGUCCCUCUGGGAGAGGAUGAUGUCUGACAACAGCACUACCCUGCCAUGGGUCACGAUUCCUUACAUCGCCUUGGAGGUUUUUAUCGGACUCUGCGCCAUGGUGGGCAAUAUACUGGUCAUCUGGGUGGUCAAGCUGAACCCCAGUCUGAGGACCACCACCUUUUUUUUCAUUGUCUCCCUAGCCCUGGCUGACAUUGCAGUUGGGGUGCUGGUCAUCCCUUUGGCCAUUGUCAUCAGCCUGGACAUCCCAAUGCACUUCUACAGCUGUCUUUUCAUGUCCUGCGUGCUGCUGAUCUUCACCCAUGCCUCUAUCAUGUCCUUGCUGGCCAUUGCUGUGGACCGAUACCUGCGGGUCAAGCUCACUGUCAGAUACAGGAGGGUCACCACUCAAAGAAGAAUAUGGCUGGCUCUGGGUCUUUGUUGGCUGGUGUCCUUGCUGGUGGGAUUGACCCCCAUGCUUGGCUGGAAUGGGAAGCAAACCUCAAGGUACCCCCAGAAUGACACCUUGCUUCCGUGCUGUUUCCGUUCUGUCAUGAGCAUGGAGUACAUGGUCUUCUUCAGCUUCUUUACCUGGAUCUUCAUCCCUCUGAUCAUCAUGUGCACCAUCUAUAUGGACAUCUUCUACAUCAUCCGGAACAAACUCAAUCAGAGCUUUUCUGGCUCCAAAGAGACAAGUUUGUAUUAUGGCCGGGAGUUCAAGACAGCCAGGUCCCUGUUUCUGGUUCUCUUCUGGUUCGCUCUGUGCUGGCUGCCUUUGUCCUUCAUUAACUGUAUUUUGUACUUUAAUGUUGAGGUGCCGGAGUAUGUGAUGCUCCUGAGCAUCCUGCUGUCCCACGCGAACUCCAUGAUGAACCCCAUCAUCUAUGCUUGCAAAAUCAGGAAGUUCAAGGAAACCUACCUUUUGAUCCUCAAAACCUGUAGAGUCUGCCAGUCCUCUGAUCCCACCAACCCAGGCACUGAGCAGAUUUCUGGGUAUUGGGGCUUGAAGACCCAGCCGGCUGCUUGGGCCAUUCAGCCUGCUGGUUAUGGUUACCUGGAGCUAGAUGGCAUGCUCACCUUCUUACCAGUUUCCCCAGGACACCCUGCUCCUGAUUCCUGGGCUGAUCAGAUCGAAGGUCCAGUCAUGGGGCUCUUCAUCCUGCUCUCCUGGGCUCUUCUUUCAGAUGCCAUGGUCAUGGACAAAAAAGUGAAGGAAAGCUUCGUGCUAGGCACAGCUUCUGCCAGCUGCAAUUACGACGCCCACUAUAAGCAUCAUACCAAAUAUUGGUGCAGAGGCUAUUUCCGGGAUUACUGCCACAUCAUUGCUUUGACCCCCAACAGCACGGACCGUGUGGCCCUGAAGGACACAGGAAGCCAAUUCAUCAUCACUGUGUUCUGCCUGACCAAGGAAGACACGGGCUGGUACUGGUGUGGCAUCCAGCGAGACUUUGCCAGGGAUGACAUGGAUUUUACAGAGCUGAUUGUGACUGACAGCAGAGGAGGCCAGGCCAACGAGUUUUGGUCUGGAAAAGACUCACCAGGCAACAAGAACAGAAGCUGCAGGGCUUCCAGAAUCAUCCACAAGGCCGACCGCUCUAGGAUGUCCAUCCUUAUCAUUUGCGUACUGCUUACCAGUUUGGGGAUCAUCUUUAUAAUCAGUCAUUUGUCCAAGAGAAGGAGAAGUCAAAGGAAUAGAAGGGUAGGCAACUCUUGGAAGCUCCUCCUGUAUGUCCUGACUCCAAAGGAAAUGGCUCAUACUGAACAGAUGUGACUGAAGAUUUCUUUUAUUUAGUUCAUAAAUAAAGUGAUGAUGCUACAAUAGUAUCACCAUGACAACUGGCCCACAUCUCGGGGACUGAUUCUGAUCUCUCAGGCUUUCUGAAGGACUUUCUCAACUCUCCAGCAAACCAUUUGUGAUGAGUGAACAACGGUGACAGUCAGAAGAGCUGUGGUAGAUCACACUGAGCCGGGGCUACAGUCAAACAACAUCUCCAGACGUUAGUUCUCCUGCAUCUGGGUCAGGGGGUCAGAAAGUCAUUUUUAUUUGUUAUCCAAUAAAUUUCUGAUCCAUGUUUAAUGAA